AUGAAAGGAGCCGCCUUCCUCGCCUUCCCCGCCUCCACACUGGCCGGAUCAGUACUGUGGAGCGGAAUCUUCAACUCGUCCUAUACUGUCGCUGACUUUGACGAAUGGUCAUGGAGCAACCAAAUCGCCCCUUGGCAAUGGUACAUCCACGGCGACGGCGAAACCUCGGAAUACCUAGCCCUAUCCAGCGACUACAAGAACCCAGCAGCGAGCGAUGCCCAGGGUCUGCGUACCAGACUUGAUAACACCUCUUUCUGGGAAGGCCAAAGCAUGCAACGCACCGAACUCAUCCCCCAAAUGUCGCCCUCCAGCUCUGCCUCCGACCUGGGAUCCGGCCACCUGUACUACCACUUCUCCCUGAGCGCCAGCAGCACCAACCCCCCGUCCUCGUCAAGCGAGCACCAAAUCGCCUUCUUCGAGAGCCAUUUCACGGAGCUGCAGUACCAGGAUAACACGCUGAAGUGGAAUGCCGGAGGAGAUACGCAUUACUCUGUGGAGCUGGAGACUGGCAAGUGGUACAACUUUGCGUAUGAUAUCGAUUUUGAUAAUCAAAAGGUUGGGCUUUGGGCAUCGAAUGGAUCGGAUGCUUUGACGGAGGUGGUGAGUCCUGUAAGCGCGAGUGCGAGCUCCAAUGGGGAGGAUUUCCAUGUCGGUGUGUUGAGUUUGACUGGUGAUGGGACCGAGGAUUGGUUCUGGAGUGGGGUUUAUAUUGAGAAGGGCGAUUUGACGAAGAGUAUUGGGGAUGGUAGCAGUGCUAGUGCUAGUGGUAGUGAGAGUUCUUCGACUACUACUGCUGCUGCUGCUGCUACUACCUCUGCUACUUCGUCCGCUACUUCUGCUGCCACUACGUCUGUCGAGACUACCACUGCUGUCGCUGCUACCCCUACUCAAAAUGUGGCCGUUGCUUCGUCUUCUACCAGCGCUGCUUCGACGACCUCGGCUGCGACUACCUCCAGCUCUGAGUCUACUGCCGCGGCUACCCCCUCUGCCUCUGCCCCUGUCAUCGCUACGCCCUCUGCUGCUCCCUCUGCUGCUGCUGCGUCUGGAUCUGUCGCUCUUCCCGUGCCGACAACCGCCUCUGAAAUCCUGACUGAUGUGCGCGCCCUUUUGACUGCCCUUCUGACUCGGCAGGGAGUGCAUGCUCGUGAUUUUACUGUUUAG